CCUUCUUCAUGUAUUCAAAUUCUUCCAUUUCACGCUUAAUUUGCAGAAAUUAAUAGAAAUUCGGAACCCUCAGUUCAUGAUUGGCUCGCCGGCGGCAGGUUUUCCCGGACAGAAAUCGAAAUUGUUUGUCGAAUUUUGUUGAAAUUACAUUAAUUUAGGAGUUGAUCUGGUUUUGUUUCGUAAGAGUUAGGGUUUUACGAAAAAAAGAACAUACAGAAAUGCCAUUGGAAUCGUCGAUAUCAGAUCAUGAACCGGACGAUUCCGAUACUGAUUUUGUUGAGAUCGAUCCUUCUGGUCGUUAUGGUCGGUAUAAAGAAGUGCUGGGAAAGGGGGCUUUCAAAAAAGUAUAUAAAGCAUUUGAUGAAUUGGAAGGAAUUGAAGUAGCUUGGAAUCAAAUAAAGUUUUCUGAUUUCUUAAGGAACCCUGAUGAGCUGGAGCGGCUAUACUCAGAAGUUCAUUUGCUUAAAACGCUUAAGCACAAGAAUAUAAUCAAAUUUUACAAUUCUUGGGUUGAUACGACCAACGAGCACAUCAACUUUAUUACUGAGAUUUUCACAUCUGGAACAUUAAGACAAUAUCGCAAGAAACAUAAGCAUGUAGAUCUAAGAGCAUUGAAGAAGUGGUCUAAACAAAUAUUGGAGGGACUUCUGUAUCUUCACAGUCAUGAUCCUCCGGUUAUACAUCGUGAUCUUAAGUGUGACAACAUUUUUGUCAAUGGGAAUCAAGGAGAGGUAAAAAUUGGGGACCUUGGACUGGCAGCCAUUCUUCGCCAGGCUCGUUCUGCUCACAGCGUCAUUGGUACUCCGGAGUUCAUGGCACCAGAGCUUUAUGAGGAGGAAUACAAUGAACUUGUAGAUAUAUAUGCCUUUGGAAUGUGCUUACUGGAAUUGGUGACAUUUGAGUAUCCGUAUGUUGAAUGUGCCAAUGCUGCUCAGAUAUAUAAGAAGGUGACAUCAGGUGUCAAACCAGCGUCGUUAGCAAAAGUGAAGGAUCCUGGAGUCAAAUCAUUUAUAGAGAAGUGUAUCGCUAAGGUUUCUGAUAGGUUAUCUGCCAAGGAAUUGCUGAUGGAUCCAUUUCUGCGUGAUGAUCAUAUUGAUGGUGUGAAUAAGCCAGGCCAACCCAAUCUCAAUCCCAAUCCAGAUCGUGAUGCUGAGAAGCUUGACAAUGGCAAAACUCCAAAGGAGUUUAUGCCUCUUGAUAGUGCUAGAGAUUUCACAGUGAAGGGUCAUAUGAAAGACCUGAACACAGUAUUCCUAAAACUACGAAUAGAAGAUACCACAGGCCAUGUUCGGAAUAUUCACUUUCCAUUUGAUACCGAUCUUGAUACAUCAAUUGCUGUUGCUAGUGAAAUGGUUGAAGAGCUGGACUUAACAGAUCAAGAUGUCUCCACAAUCGCUGAAAUGAUUGAUGCAGAAAUUCAGUCGUGUAUUCCAGAUUGGGCACCCAGGGAUUACUACGAUGAUCAAGAGGACAAUGAAGCUCCAGGCUCUGUCGACUCCACCUCUGAACCCCAAAAUGAAUCCACAUCCCCUUUGACCAUUAAAUCUAGUGCUGCACCUGGAUGUUUAGCUCUAGAAAGGUUGCCUUCAGGUCGGAGAUAUUGGAGUGAUUCACCCAAAAGUUGUUUUUCUCCACUUAGACCAAGACCUUCAAAUGCCUCUGAAGAUAACACACAAUCAGGAGCAAUAUGUAGAGAAGAACAACAUUCAAGUAAAGAUGAUGAUGAUGAUGAUGAUGAUGACAAUGAUAAUGAUGAUAAUGACGAUGAUAAUGAUGAUAAUGACGAUGAUAAUGAUGAUGAUGAUAGUGAUGAUGUGAAAGAGAUGGAAGAACCUUUACAAGAAGAAGACGACGAUGAUAGGAAAGGGAAAGGAGAAGAUAAAGAUGAUGAAGUCGAAAACAUAGUGGAAAAAGUUGAGCAUCUGUUGGUUGAGCAGCAGAAAGAGUUGGAUGAACUAAAAAAGAAACAUGGUUUAAUUGUUUCGAAUAUGUUGAACAAACUUCCUCCUGGAACUCGUAAAGAAGUUGCUAACAUCUGUAAAGUCAAUAUCUCUGAGGCAACCUUCUCGGGUUCUCACUCUUCUAAGAUGAGAGGUGGAGAGCAGGAACCAACAGUACGUAGCCCUGGACCUCUUCUCAUUCACAAGUUCAAAACUGGCAGCAAAAACGCGAAGCCUAGCGCAGGCAUCGCUGUAGUUCUGAGAAACGACAAGGUGAGUCCAUAAUCUAGGCAGAAAUCACAACCAUUUUAUGAAUGUUGAACUCAUUACAUGGAUUUUAUAUGCCACCACCCCACCCUUUUAUUGCCUACUUGUAGUUCUUUCAAAUGUUAAAAAAGGUUUUGCAAUGUUUUUGGAAGUGUAUACUUGUACAUACGGUACAUACCCUUUAUGUAUUAACACAAACACGUCUCGUCUCUUCUGAUUUUGCUUGCAAAGUUGAAUUCAUUUUGAUUUUUUUUGCA